UGAUGCAACUCACACGCAUAAACAGCAUGCUACAAGCCGCCAUCAGCAGCCAUGUUACAAGCACUGGCAGCCGAAAAAAGGAACAUAUAUUAUGAUGGGUUCUUUCUUCCAUUCGCCACAUUAUCCUCCGUAUGAUCCGUAUGAUCUGACAUCAGUAGUGUCAGGUCAAGUCAGGUUAGGAUCAUUGUUUACAUGGGAUGCACAUGGUGCGAGUCUACGUACUCUGAAGCUUGAAAAGCGUAAAAGGAAUAAAAAUGAGUAACAGUUCCAUUACUUGGGGCAUUUUGGAUAUGCCGGACGAGAUAUUGUUGGAAAUUAUUGGAUACUUGAAUGCUAGGGAUAUGUUGCUGCUCAGUAAAUCAUGCAAGCGAUUCCAUAGCCUUGUAUUCGACGAAAAAAAAUCAUUGAGGCACUUAGAUUUUUCCGAAGAAGGCUACCUAAACUCGAUUUCAGACGUGCAACAAUAUUUUAAUAGCAAGAAAAAGUACGAGCAUAUACUUAAAAUAAAUGUCAGUAACAUGUACUAUACAAGACCAGGAGAUAUGCUGAAUACUAUUGGCAAAGCAAAAAAUCUAGUCGAGAUCAACAUCAUUGGACUGAAAUUCAUAGAUGUUAUGCAGCUGGCAAUUUUUUUGACACCUAUGAAGUGCCUUAGAAUUUUAUCUAUUGAUUGGCCUACAUCGCUAAUUGACAACAGACAAUGCUGUGAAAUGUUGAAAUUACCAUUCAAUAGACUAACGAAAUUAACAAUGACAUUGUGUGAUGUCAAAUACAAAACAACGCUGAUUCAUGCGUUAGAACUAUGUCAACAGUUGCGGGAGCUACGAUUAUUACAGAGACACGAAAAUAUUUUACCCAGAGAAGGGGACCCCUGGUUAACUGAGCCGAAAAAAUUAGAAAAUCUCCAAAUAGCUGCUUGCUGUGGAAGCGAUACAGAAUUUUUGCGAAGAAUCAUUGUCGAUAUGCUUCCAAAUCCGGAACAGUGGAUGGAAUUCAAAUCCUAUGAUGCUGUGGAUACGCAUCACUUCUAUUUUGAAAAAAAUGUUGAGGUAUCGCAGAAGCUUAGAGCAAAAGUACUCAUGGAUUUCAACCCCUUUACGCAAUCUCUUCAGAAAGUUGGCUGUGGUCUGUUUUUUCAAUUUUUACUGAGAGAGGUCGUCGAAAUCACCAACAGCCACAAAGCCCUGGAAAAAUUUUGCUGCUUAUCCAACUGUACGCUUGACUAUAUGUGUUUGUUGAAGAUCAACGAAGCUAAGCAACUGCUCAAAAAUCCCAGGCAUCAAAUUUCGUAUUUAUAUUUGAGCCACAACAUUGAACCAGAAUGUGAUGUGUAUUUAGUUGGAUCAGCGUUUCCAUGUCUGACGAAACUCAUACUAAGUAACCUAGUAAAACACAAAGUAACAAGUCAAAAGGAAACCGAUCUUCAUACCGAAGUGGCCUUCAAAAAAAGACGUACAUCCCUCGUUAAUGACGCAGAAACACCAGACUUGAAUUCAUCUUUUGCAAAGCUCGUAAAAAAUACUCCACAUGUAUCAGACCUAACACUAAGCGCAAGUACGUUAAAAGAAAACGAAUAUUGGGAUUUAACCGCUUUGUAUCUAAUCAGUCGUUGGACAAGCCUCACAACUUUGCACCUGGUAAACCUGCCGAUCCGGAGUGGUAAAUUUCUUAUUGAAAUAGGAAAACAGUGUAAAAAUUUGGAGAAAUUGAAGCUUGAAAAUUUGGGUCAUCGUGGUGCCUGCUGCUACAAAAAUGAACUGUAUCAAAUGCUAGCCCAUUGUCUUAAUUUGAAAGACUUUUCAAUUCAGCAAGACAACUUUGGCCAGAUUUCUACGAUAUUUACCAUGUUUGGAAAAAAUCGCAAACUUAGAAGAAUUUAUAUCAAAAGUUUGGGUACUGGUAAUCAUACCACCGGGGACCUGGUGUUGCCCAUCAAAAAUCUAGUACAGUCGUGUGAACUGGUUUUACUUAUAUAUGAAAUUCAAGGAAUUACACAGGCAACCUGUGAUAAACUCAAGUCCGUUUUACAGAGAUUAAAGAAUGAAUUGCGCCGCCCAAAAUUUCAAUUCGAAAUUGUCAGAUGGGAUUACGGGUAUAAUGGUUAUCAGAAACCUCCACGUAAUUUCAAUUUGCAUUUUGUACACAAAGACUUGCUUUUACCAUAUCGCUUCACUGACUCAUUGUUUCGGCUGGAUUGUCUAUAAUAUACCAAUAUGUUGUUUAGAUUCGCCAAAAUGUAUUUAUUUAUUUUAAUAAGAUUUUUCCUGUAAAACAUCUACAAAAACAUGUUGAAUUGAAAUU